UAGACUCGCCCUACCUGUUAUUGUUCAAACGGUUUCAAGAUGGAGAAUCGCGUCAAGUGUCUCCUGUAUGGAGCGUUAGUAUUUUCCUCACUAGCGUUCCUAUUUUUCGUGAUUGGGUUUUCUACACCUCACUGGCUAGAAUCAGAUGAUCGUUUUAUAACGGUUAGCCAUUUCAUCCGUCUCGGACUCUGGGAGGCCUGCUUUAAUCAGUGGACGUACUACAAAGACUACACUGGUAAAACAUAUGACGGAUGCUGGUGGAUUUUCUCCUACGAGUAUCGUCCAAUUUGGCAAUGGUUGAACCCCCCAUGGUUCCUUGGAGUGCAGGUUGUGAUGACCUUGAAUAUGAUCUUAGAGGGUGUGUCUCUCCUGCUUCUAAUCCUGUUUGUGAUUGGCUGUUGCCCAGGGAAAACCAGUUACAAGGCGCUUUUCUUUUUAUCAGGACUGACAAUAUUAUCAGGGUUGCUGACUGCAUGUUGUACAAUCAUAUUUGGGGCAAAGUCAGUGAUUGACCGACAGUGGCUGGAGAACCCUGACCAGAACUACCUGUCCUGGUCAUUUGGUCUGAUCGUGUUGAGUGGAUUCUGCAUCCUCUUCAGUGGAAUGUGCGUCCUGGUGGCAGCCAUGCAACUCCGAAUCGAGAGUCAGUACCGGGAGACGGAGCCGUACGAGGGAUACCAGAUGAAACCAGCUUCAACUCAUUAUUAAAGUCACAGGGAAAUAAAUAGGUCAAGGUCACUGUAACCAGAAUAUACAUUGUGGAGUCACUAGGACAGAGUGUGAAGGUUUAGACAGAUGCUUACAUACUUUACCAAAUAAGAGGUUUGGUUGCCAUUCCCUGAGUAUUUUGGGUUCAUAUUCACCCCUUAUGUUAAUCACCUGGUGUGAUUAAACUGGUAAAUAUAUCACUCCCAGAGUGAUGUCACCGAGCUUUGUCUCAAGAGUGAUCUCCCCUACCCUAUCUCCUGAUUCCCAGGGUACUUCUAUAGUGUUGAGGGAAACGAAUUAUAAUAUUAUUCUGAUAGCGACCUGAUUUUUUUGAUUGAGAUAACUUAUGUUGUUUGUCCUAUAAUUUCCUACAUUGAAGACCCUACUUCUAUGGUCAUCAGUUUAAAAAUUAUGAACAAUAUGUUACUUGUCAUGCAGGCUUGUCCCGAAUGUGGCUGGACUUUGCCAGUGACGCGGUCACUCUUGAGUGUUACAAUGUACUGUAGCAGAGCUACAUUUUGCUGAAUAUUAUACCUAUAAUAUCUAAUGUAUUAAGAUUAACAGAGAUCUAUAUUGUUUUCUGGGAAAACAUAUCCAUUAUAAUGGGGUUUUAUCUGAAUAAACUAUCACAUUCUAAUUACAUAAAAAAAAAAACAUUUCGACAGUAAUAGCAUUUGUAGUGAUGAGUGUGACUUUCCAAAAUGGAGCUUCAGUCCGAACUGACCCACUGAUAUUAAUAUUACUUACGCAAUUUAGAUCGUCAGAGAAUCCUUUAUUCAUGUUAAAGUUAAAAUCUAUUUAUGACAGGAAAACAUUGAUGUACAUUUGCAAAUAUUAAAAUAUGGGGCUUUUAUGUCUUUGUUUCAUUUUUAUAUUAAAUGACAUCCAAAUUUCUCCAAAUCACCAAAUUUUACACCAGUUUUUACGUAUGUGAACCCCAUUGUGUGGUAACAUCCCAUAAGUUCCAUAAGUUUAUAUUAUGAUCUUACGUCCAAAAAUUAGAUAGAAUAACUAAAGUAUUGAUAAGUACAUGCUCAUAGUAUCAGAGUUCGUAGAUAUACAAAUAAAAUUGAAAAGUAAUAUUUUAUACACAGGGCUGUGUACACUUGCCUAAUGAUGUGGUCCUUUGACCCAGGAUUUUAUUAAGUUAGACAGAGUAUGUACACCUCCAGUACACAUAUAAGUUAUGAUAAACAACAGGGAAAUCCUCCAGAUAUAAUCCAUGUCAUUAACAUUCCAUCAGAUUUCACAUUUCUUAUUUAAAUAUAAACCAGGGAAAAAAUGUAAGGAAAAUAGAAAAUGUAUAAAUAUUUUUGUAGUACAUGUACUGUAUAACCUUUGAGAACAUAUCAAAAAGGUCAUUUGUCAUUCCUGUAUAUUUGUAUAUAUGUGUGUUGUACAAUAUCAUUGUUGUUACCUGUGUUCAAAGUAUGGCUAGCUUAUUGACGUGUUGUUUUUUUCAAAUGUUAAAAUUCAGAAAUAAGAGUAAUGGAUAGGGACGCAGAGUGUUUUGAUGGCAAACAAUAGAAAAAUGCUUUAUAGAUAUUUAACAAGAUAAGUAAAGGAAAUUAUUUUGAAAGUAUCUGUUUCUGUCAACUUGUCAAAAUAUCAGUGCAUUUAUUUUUCUAAAAAAAAAUCCAGACGUUAAGUGAAAGGUAUAUAAAUUCAUCAACUGAAUGAAAAUGACAUUAAAGAAAUCCAUUUGAGAAAUAGCUCCCCUUCAUUGUAUGAAAAAUAAAAAUAAAUAGAUAUUUCCUUCUGAUGAGUAAAUGAGCUAACAAUACUUUAAGAACUGUGUAACACAGUUUGAUGUGUACAUCAAUCGUUGCCAUAUUGUUAAUAGUACACAAACAUUGUAAAUAGUUUCAUUUUGUGACUGUUAUUAUAAUUAAACAAUUGAUUUGUUAAACUGUCAUCAAACUUUCAAAAUACCAUUGUCAUGUUUUGUGCAACAGGUGUAACAUUUUUUAUUUAAAUAAGUGACGUUUAACUUGUUACAGAGUUACUGUUGUGUGUUAAAGGGGGGGAAAUUCUGGACGGAGCAUUCUAAAAAAGAUAGGAACUUAGAUCAAAUCGUUUUUAAACAUUUAUAAUACUUGUUGCAGUUUUACUGUACAUUGUAUGUCAGCGAUUAUAAUCGCAUUAACCGUUGCCCAUUUCUGAUAUGAUUCAGUUAUCAAUAACUGUAUUCCAAAUGACUGUAUUUCAGCAUUUCAAAUUAAAAGAUAUGUUCAGUAUUUGUGUAAUGUGUACAAAUUGGACAAAUCUUAUGUUGUGAUACUAAAACAGAAUAUUUUGCUCGUAAGUUUUGUAAGUUUAAUUUCUUGUUGCUGUUAAUUGAUAAUGUAUUAUAAUCUAUAGGAUAUCUGUCGGAUAUUGCUUAUAAACAUUUUCGGUAUAUUCAUUAACAAUAAGAUUGGAAUUAUGUACAUAUGUAUAUACACAGUAAUUAAAGGUAAGUGUAAUAAUUUGUAUUUUUUUUUUUUUAAGUAAAAAUAUAAUUUUACAUAAGUUUUCUUAUAUGUGUAAAUGGAAAAGUCGCUUUUAGUGUUUGUGGUAUAUAUUAACUGUUUUUAAAUAUUAUUAAAUUUCAAAAAUUUCACAUGACUUUGUAAUGUAUUUUCCUUGUUUGAUUUGUUGCAAUUUUUUUUUAAUACCUUUUAAACACUAAAUGUUUAAAGUUUUGAUUCAUUAAUAAUUUAACUAUCUUCCUUAAAAUCCAAGGUAUCAGAAUAAUCUAUAGAAAAUACACAGUUUUCUUGAUAAAUGUACCUAUUAUGUUUCAGAUUUUUUUUUCUUUUCUUGAAUUACAUGCAAUUUUAUACUGUACAUAGACAACAAAUCCUUUUUAAACAAAACAAAAAAAUAUAUUACAUAAUAAAUGCAUUUUAUAUGAAAAUCAUUGUAAACCUCAAGGUCAGAUUCAUGUUUCAAGGUCAUGUCCACUUAAUCCUUGUUGUUACCACAUCAUCACAGAAUAAUAAAAUAUAUUUCUGAA